UGUGGACACAUGGGACACAGGUCUCUGUCUCUGUGGACACAUGGGACACCUGUCAGUCAGUUCUGACCUUCAUCCAGUCAGAAACUGUUCUCAGAGCUGCUGCUGUCUCAUCAGCUGAUCUUCUGUGUUGUCCUCUCAGUCCCACAGGUGGAGGUGCAGUCAGGGGCGGAGUCUGUCCUGCUGUCCUACAGAACCACAGAUCAUCUGUCUGAAAUCACUAAAGUGGAGUGGACAGACAGAGACGACAUGAAGGUCCAUGUGUUUGAGAACGGCUCUGAUCAACCUGGAGAACAGGACCAGUUCUACAGAAACAGAACAGAGAUGAAUAAAGACCUGCUGAGAACUGGAGACCUGAGUCUGACUCUGAAACGCCCCAGAGUCAGAGAAGGUCAGAUCUUCACCUGCAGAGUCUACAACAAGGAGGGACACUUCCUGAUGGAGAAACAAGUUGAUCUGAAGGUCAAAGUCCCACAGGUGGAGGUGGAGGUGGAGUCAGGGGCGGAGUCUGUCCUGCUGUCCUGCAGAACCACAGAUCGUCUGCCUGAAAUCACUAAAGUGGAGUGGACAAACAGAGACGACAUGAAGGUCCAUGUGUUUCAGAACGGCUCUGAUCAACCUGAAGAACAGUUCUGUUUCUACAGAAACAGAACAGAGAUGAAUAAAGACCUGCUGAAAACUGGAGACCUGAGUCUGACUCUGAAACGCCCCAGAGUCAAAGACAGUCAGAUCUUCACCUGUACAGUCUACAACAAGGGCGAACACACCCUGAUGAUGAAACAAGUUUAUCUGGAGGUCAAAGUGAAUCUGAGACCUGCCAUUUUGGUACUGGACUCUCUGGUGUAUAACACCCACCACUACCCGCGGUUCAUGGCGGAGCCCAGACCCCUGUACCGACAGAAGAGGUCUGAGGUGAUCUCAGGCGGGGUGAAGUUCUUGAGUGGGGUGCUCCCCUGGUGGGGGACGGUGAAUAAUGCACAUCACAUUGACCAGCUUCAUACGGGGCUUGAGAAUCUGACGGAGAUUGUGGAGGAUGGAUUCUCAGCCCUGGGUCCCUUCGUCAUCACCACCAGAAACAUGCUCUUACAACAUAAAAUGGCUUUGGACCUGCUUUUCGCUUCCCAGGAUGGUCUCUGUCAUGUGAUUUGA